AUGUGGGGUAAUUAUCAGUACACAAUUGAUCAGAUUAUUAGCUUUUACCAGAACUCUGAAUGCCCAGUAGAUAACUUUUUGUUCGGUCCUGUUUUUUCAGAAGAAGCUUUCCUUCCUUACACAUAUGAAGAAUUAUGUUCAGUUGAACUCACAUGGGAGCGUAAAAAGAAGGUCAAACAACAAGUAGAAGAACCUGCUCCACCACAAUUACAACCUGCCAUUCGUACAAAUCAAAAGCAACAAGUAGAUCAGCCGACCAUACCUUCAGACACAGACAAUGAUGAAGAAGAGGAUCCAAUUGAUGACAUUCUUGACGAUGGUAUGCCAUUAUUCCGUGCGCCAGGCUUUGCAAGAAAAGUUCAACCACCUGAGCAUCCCGAAAUGGUAUUUCCAGAAUCAACUUUCGGAGAAAAGCCAGUUGAAGAGCAGAAGGAGGAAGGUGAAAAGGAAGAAGCCUUCAAGAUGACACCUAGAGUCAAGACCGCAAUUUUCGCUCCAGUUAUUAAGGUCAGAGAAGGCUUCUUACCCCCUGAAGCUCCUGAUGUCAACAUAGAGGAAAUGAAGAAAGAGAAAGAUGAGCGCGGAAAAGCGAACUACAUGAAGAUGCUCGAGCAAAUCAAAGCUCACGAAGAAGCAGAAGCAGAGCGCAAGAAGAAAGCAAAGAAGGUUAAGAAAGUCAAGAAAGUUAAACCUGCAAAAACAGCAAAACCCGGAAAAUCAUCCAAAAAAUCAAAUAAAGAAGAAGAGCCACAAAAUAAUACCGCCGAAAUACCUGUUGAAAAGCGUGUUGAACAAUUUAUCAACAACGCUAAGAAGAAAAUGGCUGAUCAGAAUAAUAUCGAAGAUGAACAGCCAAAAGUCACAAUCAAAGCUGGCAAGAUCAUCAAGAUGGACCAUGUACCAGAUCUCGGAGCCAUUCUCGAUGAAGAAGAGAAGGCAGCCGCAGAAGCGAAGAAAGAAGCCGAAUUAAACGCUCCGAAACCCAAAGUUGAGCACAUACCCCGCAAGUUACUUCCUGAGGACGAGUUAGUAGAAGAAGAUGUACCAGAAGAUGACGGAAAGAAGAAGAGGAAGAAGAGGAAAGUCAAAGUUAUUAUAUCUCCACGUAUCAAGCAAGGCGAAACCGAAGUUUUCACAGAGGAAGACUACGAGAAUGUUGUUUACGGUACAAUCAGGAAGAAAGAAAGUGAAAUUAUGCUUGAUGCCGAAAAAGAAUUCCAAGAAAACCACAGAAUGUACGGUCAAGCACCAGUUCCAACAAUGUUACAGUUAAAGCAACGUGAAACAGAAGGAAAGGUUCACAGAAUUGCUAUUAGUAACAUUGUUACUGAAACUCCAAAUAAUCAACACGAAAUAACCAUUGAAAAGCCAAAGAGAUUGGUCAAUUUACCAAGAGAAAAGAUAGAACCAAUACCAUGGAUGGAGAGAGAGCUCGGAAAACACUUAGAUCAGGAAGAUGCAAUUGACAUCGCUCAGUCAGUUGCUAUUAAGUCAAAGGACAAGAUGCUUCAGGCCUUAUCUAUUGUUUUGUUCAGCGAUAAGAAGGCAAAGCUGAUUACGGAAAGAUUCUUCCACCAGUUCCCUGCUAGAUCAUAA